AUGGAGUGUCCCAAGUCGUGCGAUUCUCGCCUGGGCAAUUCCGUUCUAAUCAGCUGAUGGUGCUCUGCUUUCGUAGUGCUUUCGGUCACGCCAUUCACUGCUGUGACAGUCUAAGAGUAGCUAGCUAGCUAGUCCUCGGGUGUGUUGCACAAUGGGUCGCUUCAGAUCUCCUCUUUGUCUGGUGUUUGUGGCGGCGUCAUUAUCAUCUUUUUUCGUCGGCGAUGUUGGCGGUGGUAGGCCUACGCGUUCCCAAAGAGAAACGUAUAAAACAAAACUUCCUCAAGAUACUUAUGCAAUAUAUAACUUCGCUUUUCAAGGUCAUCCAUCAGAUAUUCCAGGUUUUAUUGUUCCUGAUCCAUUAUCCAUCCCGAUGGAAUACGAGCUGUUCUCCGAGUUCCCUUAUACAAUGAAGAUAUCCAACACCGAGUUCAAAGGUUUAUCCAAUCUAGACAUUGUGUAUUCAGAAAUGGACUUCAUGAGUUUCUCGUUCCACUCGGCCAUGAACGUCCCCGAGGUGAUCGUUUUGGGCAACAUCACUAUCAUCACCGACCUCCUCUACAGCACCUCAUACUGGAGUAGCCUGUACAACAUCACAGUCAACGGUACCGCCAUUGUUCUGAAAGGAAAUGUCUUUAUCGAUUCUAGUGGCACUCUGCAGCUUAACAAAGAAGAUAUGCUGUUUGAAAUAGCGUAUUCAGACGUCCAGCUGAAAGCUGAGAAUCUGCCUUUUUGGGCAGAAACUCUCAUUGAAGACAGCGCCGAUAUGUUUAGAUCCGCUCUUCAGGAAAUGAUCAAAGAUUGGGCUCCGGAGUUCCUGAGGCAAGCACUGAAAACUAACUUCUCGACGAAGUUCCCGGACACAGAAGACCUCGUCAGCAAUUUGCUGGUGAAACCAAGGGUAACCUUCUGGGGACUUAGAUCCAGUCAAAAGUACUUGAAGCAGCUGGGUAUCAGCAAGAUCCUCCACUGUUAUGAUUUCGGUCUAAGUGCGGAGAACACCCACUACAGAUCUCGCAACUCGGAGCUAAGUUACAUCAACCACACCAUCCGCAUGGCCUACGAGACGGAGGUUGAACUGCUGAAAGUGACGGGCACGUGUCGUUUCCUCUUCCUGAAGCCGAUGAACUUCGAAAUCGAGAUGCACAACUUCCUGGCCGGAUCUGAGAUCUUGUUUGAUACUCGGAAGCUGAGUCCACCGACCAUGCGGGAAGUCAGGAGAGAAAUUGGUAGCGUCAGGGUCACAAAGCCUCGCUUGGGAGAGGUGAAUCGUUCAGCCAGAUCCUCAGUCCAGAGUCUGCCCCAAAAAAUCUGGGAAGCCAUUCAGAAGAAGAUCUUGCAGAAGGAACAUUGGAUGUCACUCGACAGCCAGUUAAACAGCCUGAGGAUUACGUAUGACGUCAGCAACCGACUCCACACAAUGGGUAGUCCAGUGAAUGGAGGAGGGGCGUCGUCUACUGUGGCAACUGGAACUUCUUGAUUGCGUUAACUGUUUUGAUAAUCUAUAAAUAAAUAAAUAAAUAAAUAAAUAAAUAAAUAAAUAAAUAAAUAAAUAAAUAAAUAAAUAAAUAAAUAAAUAAAUAAAUAUAUGUAUGUGUAUAUGUCUAUAUGAUAUGUAUGUAUACGUCUAUAUGAUAUAAAUAUAUAUAUAUGACUUGUAAAAAUGUUCUUUUACAACAGAAUUCUAAUAAAAGGAGCCCAUAAAAACGCCAAAAUAUAGAGAGAAAAUACUCUAUUUCAGAGACUGCUGUCUCCUCUUCAGGUAGAUGAAUGAGAAAAGUUACAGCAAAGGUGGUAUUUAUACCAAGAGAUCCAUCCACAGGUAAGCCAAUUGAGGUUACUCCCACUGAUAAUCCUCCUUUAGUCCUCUUAAGCGUUGGUUGAAUGAAAACUUUAUCAAUGACAUCUGAAUCCCAUGCGCCCUUUGAGAUGUUCAUUACCUAUCGCUGUUUAAUCAAGGCCGGUUUUAUCAUCUGACUCUUGUAUCGGCAGUUGCUGCUAUAUAUUAUACGUGACAAAUUCCAGUUUAUUCUAUGGUUAUGUUCAUUUAUAUUGUUGAAAAUAGCUGAGUUCUGCUGUCCAUACCUAACUGAUCUAACUGAAAUAUAGUAUUUUCUCUUUAUA